GAGGAUGCAAAGUAGAUGUGCAUCUGAACAUACUGCAUCCCUGCAUCAUACGGAAACUGCUCUGCAGCCGCUGAAAGGCGCUAGAAUAGACUUUGUUGUCAAUUCUCGAGUUGGGGAAGUCGGGGGAAGAAGUGACAUGGCAGUCAUUAACACCUACAAUCAAAUCUAUCCCAGAGUACCGGUUGAAAAUAUCCACUGAGUAGAAAGUGGCCACGGGGAAGCAUGGAAACCCAGGGAGUGGGAAAGUACGUGAACCUGGAAAGUGGAAGAGAAGCACAGAAUAUUACAGAUUAAUUCUUGUGUGAGCAAGAACCUAGAUUGGUUGCUGUUGGCUGAGUAGUGUCAUAAUAACUUCUUACACAAUGUCAGCAAGACCAAGGAGCAGAUUGUUGACUUCAGAAGAAGGAAACCAGAGAUUCAUGAGCCAGUCCUCAUUGGAUGAUCAGAAGUGGAGAAGAUCAGCAGCUUUAAAUCCCUCAGUAUUAUUGUUUUCGACCUGUUCUGGACUCAGCAGAUGUAUGGUGGAAAACGUUCUGACUGGCUGCAUCACAACCUGUUCUGGUGGAUCACAAGAAUCUGCAGAGGGCUGUAACCUGAGCCAGCUCCUCUCCACCAUGGCAUAAUCGUCCCCUCCACUGAGGACAUCUUCAAGAGAUUAACCCUCAAGAGGGAAGGCCGCAGUGUCGAGUGAGUGGACAGCUAACACACCACGACAUGUGAAGGCACAGAGUGGCUUGUGCCCGGAUUCUGUGCCAGUACUGUUAUCCAUCAUAUCUGCAUGAGAAGUCGAGGACUGGUAUCUGAUGCCCCACAGAAUCUCUCAAUCAUUUCUCCCAAUAACAUGAACAGUUCCCGGGUGAAUAUGAAGGAAGGGAUUCCUACAUCGAUCCUCUGCUCUGCCCAGAGUUUCCCAGUGUCUAAUCUAACAUGGAGACAUCACGGUGUCACACUGAUCUCAACAAGUUCCAGCAACGAACUGUGGCUGGAGUUUCCUCAGGUGACACCCCAGCAGGCUGGAGACUAUCAGUGCGUGGCAGAGAAUAAACACGGGACAGCGGAGAGGGCCAUCACCCUCAGUGUGGAGUCCAGAUCGAACCCACUCGGAGAGCUCACCUGGCACCUCCCCCUCACCAACCUCAGUGGGAACCAGACGCACGGUCGUUUCCAGACGAGGCAGGUGGAAGACGGGCAACUGGUGACUGGCUCGCUGACCUUGGAUGUGAGCGAGGGAGAGGACGUGACCGCCUUCUGUACAGUCCGAAACCAGCAUGGAGAGGUCAUGUUCAUGGUGUCCCUGUGGAUGAAAGGUGGGGUCUCUGCUGUUUGGAUCACAAUGUUACUCACAAUCAAUGUCAUUCUCAGUAUGCUACUGGCUGGAUUCUUCAUCUCCAAGUGCAUCCUGAAAUGGGAUGUACGGGCCAAGAAGAGGGCCUUGGAGAUCCUGGACACCACCAUCAGCUCCAGUGUAUGCUUGACCACACCUCAGGACACAGAGAGGAAGAGGACGAGCCAGAUCCCACCAAUAAUGCCCGUUGGAGAGGGGGAGGAGUGUGGCCCGGUAUACGCCAACCUGCGGGAACUGCCCGGCGAUGGAGGCCCUGUUCGCAGGGGGGAGACGGUCACAUACGCAAAGCUGCACUUCCAGUCAAUCGGCCCAGCCUGA